AUGAGAGACCAGGUUAGAGACCAGAUUAGAGUCCAGUUGAGAGACCAGGUGGGAGACCAGGUGAGAGACCAGAUUAGAGUCCAGAUUAGAGGCCGGGUGAGAGACCAGGUGAGAGACCAGUUGAGAGACCAGGUGAGAGACCAGUUGAGAGACCAGGUGAGAGACCAGGUGCGAGACCAGAUGAGAGACCAGGUUAGAGACCAGGUUAGAGUCCAGUUGAGAGACCAGGUGAGAGACCAGGUGAGCUGCUCUCCUCUGAUUGGUGGAUGGGACCUGCAGGUGAAAGAUAUUUUGGCGUGUGAGCAGCUCAUCAGCCAACACCUGGGCUGGGUCUCACCUCCAGCUCCAGCCCCACCUCUCCCUCCAGCACCACCUCCAGCACCAGCACCACCUCCCCCUCCAGCACCACCUCCAGAACCAGCACCAGCUCCAGCACCACCUCCCCCUCCAGCUCCACCUCCCCCUCCAGCACCAGCUCCAGCACCACCUCCCCCUCCAGCACCACCUCCCCCUCCAGCACCAGCUCCAGCACCACCUCCCCCUCCAGCACCACCACCAGCACCAGCACCAGCUCCACCUCCAGCACCAGCUCCAGAACCAGCACCAGAACCAGCACCAGAACCAACUCCACCUCCAGCACCACCACCAGCACCAGCACCAGCUCCACCUCCAGCACCACCUCCAGCACCAGCACCACCUCCAGCACCAGAACCAACUCCACCUCCAGCACCACCACCAGCACCAGCACCAGCUCCAGCACCACCUCCAGCACCAGCACCACCUCCAGCACCAGCUCCACUACCACCUCCAGCACCACCACCCCCUCCAGCACCACCUCCAGCACCAGCACCACCUCCCCCUCCAGCACCACCUCCAGAACCAGCACCAGCUCCAGCACCACCUCCCCCUCCAGCUCCACCUCCCCCUCCAGCACCAGCUCCAGCACCACCUCCCCCUCCAGCACCACCUCCCCCUCCAGCACCAGCUCCAGCACCACCUCCCCCUCCAGCACCACCACCAGCACCAGCACCAGCUCCACCUCCAGCACCAGCUCCAGAACCAGCACCAGAACCAGCACCAGAACCAACUCCACCUCCAGCACCACCACCAGCACCAGCACCAGCUCCACCUCCAGCACCACCUCCAGCACCAGCACCACCUCCAGCACCAGAACCAACUCCACCUCCAGCACCACCACCACCACCUCCCCCUCCAGCACCACCUCCAGAACCAGCACCAGCUCCAGCACCACCUCCCCCUCCAGCUCCACCUCCCCCUCCAGCACCAGCUCCAGCACCACCUCCCCCUCCAGCACCAGCUCCAGAACCAGCACCAGAACCAGCACCACCUCCAGCACCAGCUCCAGCACCAUCUCCCCCUCCAGCUCCACCUCCCCCUCCAGCACCAGCUCCAGCACCACCUCCCCCUCCAGCACCACCUCCCCCUCCAGCUCCACCUCCCCCUCCAGCACCAGCUCCAGCACCACCUCCCCCUCCAGCCCCACCUCCCCCUCCAGCACCAGCUCCAGCACCACCUCCCCCUUCAGCUCCACCUCCCCCUCCAGCACCAGCUCCAGCACCACCUCCCCCUCCAGCACCAGCUCCAGAACCAGCACCAGAACCAGCACCACCUCCAGCACCAGCUCCAGCACCACCUCCCCCUCCAGCUCCACCUCCCCCUCCAGCACCAGCUCCAGCACCACCUCCCCCUCCAGCUCCACCUCCCCCUCCAGCACCAGCUCCAGCACCAUCUCCCCCUCCAGCUCCACCUCCCCCUCCAGCACCAGCUCCAGCACCACCUCCCCCUCCAGCUCCACCUCCCCCUCCAGCACCAGCUCCAGCACCACCUGACUCGCAGGAACAGCACGUAGGCAUGAAGACCGUCAUGGCCGCCGCCCGCAGCAGCAGCAGCAACAUGCAGGCGUCUUUGAUGAUCUUCAAAACAAAACGCUGCCCGGGUAAAAUAAACUAG